AUGGCCAGCGAACGAGCUGCCGGAAACGACACCGCCAGCAGCGGUCUCGGACGGCCCGAUGAUUCAAAAAGCAUUGACGAGCUUGAGAAGGGCUCGAUCGAAAAGGCUUCGGUCGACAGCGAGGAGGCGAUUGUCGAGACGGAAACCGCAGAUUCCGCAAACGGCGACGGGGCGCGGUUCGAAUCCAUCAGGCCAGCAACAGGCACGUCGGCCGACGCCAGAGCCACGGGGCGGUCCGCGGCGAGGACCCGCUCGUCAGGCAACUCAAUAAGGUCGUCCAUGAGCCGGGUGCGGUCGCACAACGGCUAUGGCUGCGACGGCGACGACUAUGACGAGCCGGGCUCGUCGGGGGAGGACUCGGGCGGCGACACGGAGAAGGGUGGCCGGGCCGCCGGGGAGGCGCGGGACAGGGACCCGUUCGAGGUCGGCUUCGAGGGCGGCAACGCGGACCCGUGGAACCCUCGCAGCAUGGGCCUGGCGCGCAAGUGGGCGAUCGUGGGGCUCACGUCGCUGGGCAGCUUCUGCGUGACGUGCGCGAGCUCCGUCUACACGUCGACGUACGCGCAGAUGGACGCCGAGUUCGGGUGCUCGCGCCUCGUCGCCACGCUGGGCCUCAGCAUGUUCGUCCUGGGCAUCGCCCUGGGGCCCAUGUGGAGCCCGCUGUCCGAGUUCUACGGCCGCCGGCCCAUCUACCUCGCCGCCUUCGCCGUCUUCACCGUCUGGAUCAUCCCGACUGCCGUGGCGCGCAACAUCGGCACCGUCAUCGUCAGCCGCUUCUUCCAGGGCCUGUCGGGCAGCGCGUUCCUGAGCGUGUCCGGUGGCACGGUCGGCGAUCUGUUCACUCCUAACAAGAUGCAUUACCCGAUGAUCAUGUUCACCGCGGCACCAUUCUUGGGGCCCUCCUUCGGUCCUAUGAUUGGGGGGUUCAUAAACUCCAAUGUAAACUGGCGGUGGACUCACUACAUGCUUAUCAUUUGGGCGUUCCUGAUGUGCCUGGCUCUCGUGGUGACCGUGCCGGAAACAUAUCACCCAGUCGUGCUGCGCAACAAGGCCAGGAAAAUCCGCAAGGACACCGGCGACGAGCGCUGGAAGGCCCCGAUCGAGAAGACGAACAAGUCGCUCUUCCGCACCGUGGGCGUGUCCCUGCUGCGGCCCUUCCAGAUCCUGAUAUUCGAGCCCAUGGCGCUGAUCCUGAACCUGUACUCGGCCAUCCUGCUGGGCAUCCUCUACCUGUUCUUCGGCGCCUUCCCCCUGGUGUUCCAGGGCACCUACGGCUUCAACCUGUGGCAGACCGGGCUGACUUUCCUGGGGAUGCUCGUCGGCAUGUUCUUUGCCGCCCUGAUGGGGCCGCUCUGGGUCAAGAUCCGCGCCCGGCUGAUCGAGAAGAACGCCGAGCUCACGGGCGUCGAGGGCAAGGCGGAGCCCGAGUAUCGCCUCCCGUCUGCGAUUCUGGGGAGUUUCCUGGUCACAAUUGGCCUGUUCUGGUUCGGGUGGUCUUCUUACCCGUGGGUACACUGGAUCAUGCCCAUAAUCGGCUCAGGCAUCUUUGGCGCAGGGACGCUGCUUGUUUUCUCCGGGACAUUCAGCUACUUGGUCGACGCCUAUCCUCUCUACGCGGCUUCGAGUUUGGCCGCAAACGCACUGGCCCGGUGCUCUUUCGCAGCUGCCUUCCCCCUCUUCGGGCUUCAGAUGUACGAGAAGCUUGGUAAUCAGUGGGCGACGUCGUUGUUGGCGUUCUUGACCGUGGCCAUGCUGCCCUUCCCGUAUCUGUUCUACAAGUUUGGGAAGCGGAUUCGCGCGCACAGCAGAAUGGCGACAACCGACUGA